AAUACGCAUAUCUGAAAUAAUCAUUUGCUCUCCCAGUCAGCGUUCGCCACUUGCCGAGCACACCGAGCGAGCGAGAUUUUUGCGUGUGCAUGAGAGGCAGAGAGAGUCGCGCGCGCCUCGCGAGCCAGCCCCGCAUUUAAUAAUUGUGUUUCUGCCGUUGCCGCUGCAUCUGCUGCGAAGUCUGAUAUAAGCUUGAAAUAUACACGCACGGGAGAGGCCUGCAGGCGCGGAUUACGCAGCCGCGACACACCGAAACACGCCAGUUCGAGCAGACGACGCGGUGUUGUACCACCGACAGAAAAAAGGUUAAACGUCCCACGCGUCGACGGAGAACUGAUCGAAGGAUCGCAAAAGGAAGAGUAACAGAUAAUAAGAAUGGCACACUUGGUGAGGCAGAUGGCCCGCUGCGGCGCGAGGUCGAUCGUCCUUCUGGAGACGUCGUUCCUGUCGGCGCCCAAAGCAUCGAGCUUCGUCAGAAACCUCGCCACCACACACAAAUGCCUCGCGGAGAGAAGGUAUACCGAUAAACACGAGUGGGUCUCGUUGGAUGGAAAAAUCGGCACAGUCGGUAUAUCCGAUUACGCGCAGGAUGCACUCGGCGACGUUGUUUACACUCAGUUACCGGAUAUCGGUCAAGAGAUCAAAAAAGAAGAGGAAUGCGGCGCUUUGGAAUCGGUAAAGGCCGCCUCGGAGAUCAUGAGUCCGUGCAGCGGCAAGGUCGUCGAGAAGAACGAAGCCGUCGAGAACAAACCUGCUCUGAUAAACACCUCCUGCUACGACGAGGGAUGGUUAUUCAAAGUCGAAGUCAGCAAUCCCGAAGAGAUCAAAAAUCUCAUGGACGAGGACGCUUACAACGAGUUUCUCAAGUCCGACCCGCAUUAAUCGCGUGCGUGCACUGCUUAUCGCGACUUUAUAAGCAGCGAUUAAUAAAUAUAAUGCAAUAUACCCGUGUCAGAGUGUGACGUUCAAAGUAAGCGAGGUUCAAAGAAAAGAGCUGAGAACAUGUAGAAACACAAAAAUACAACAAAAAAAAAAACAUAAAAAUUGCAACGAGCGAAUGUGCGGUAACCGGUGUUACGUAGCUUUUCAAUAAUACACAUAAACUUUUGCAAAAUAAACAAUUGAUAAUAAGCCAAAUUUUCGCCGGAAAAAAAACCAUGAUAAUGACUUGUUGCUUACACAUCUUUAUUCAUAGUAAAACAUGUUAUCGUUUUCAAAACAGGCUUCCUGAAAUUUGAUGCUGUAAUAUUCUUUUCUUUUUUUUUUUUUUUAA